AUGCCUGAUCUGAGCCAAGACCACACUGCUGCUUCCCCUCUGCCACAGCCCUCAAACUUCUACUAUAAUGAGAAAGUGCUGAUGUCACAGCAUGUGACGUUCCGUGCCUUGUUACCUGUUUACCGCUCCUGCUGGUGUCAACUCGGCUCAGCGACCUGCCCGCCUGUCCCGUCCCGAUGGGAGACUUCCAGGCAGCCGCUGAAUAAUGAGUCCCAGAAGUGCUAA